AUGGAUACACUGAAGGAGCCUGAACUCUGCUUUCCACAUCUCCUUAACGCCUCCUGCAGGAAAUACGCUCGUCCUCACUCUGAGGCAAUGCUCAUUUAUGUUCUAGUGUCCUGCAUCUCUCUGCUCACUGCGUGUCUCAACCUGCUGGUCAUCGUCUCCAUUUCCCACUUCAGGCAGCUCCACACUCCCACCAACCUCCUCCUCCUCUCUCUGGCUGUGUCUGAUUUCCUCAUUGGUUUGAUCGUGGUGCCGUUCCAGAUGCUUUUAACAGAGCCCUGUUGGUUCCUAGGUGACCUGGUGUGUGUCUUGUAUUAUUUCAUACCUUUCAUCACUGUUCCUGCCUCAGUGAUAAACAUGGUGCUGAUUUCAAUUGACCGUUAUGUGGCCAUCUGUGAUCCUCUUCGCUACUCCACCAGAAUCACUCACAGCAGAGUUAAGCUCUGUGUCGUCCUGUGUUGGGUUUACUCUAUCUUCUACAGUUUUCUGUUUUUAUAUGACAACCUGAAGCACCCAGGCAGCUCUAAUUCCUGUUAUGGAGAAUGUGUCGUAAAUGUUAUUCUGGCUGCUGACCUGAUUUUAAGCUUCAUCGUCCCCAUCUCAGCCAUCAUCAUCCUGUAUGUGAGGGUGUUUGUGGUGGCUGUGUCUCAGGCUCGUUCCAUGCGCUCCCACAUUACAGCUGUUAAACAGCAGCGUUCACUGACUGUGACUGUUCAGAGAUCAGAGCUGAAAGCAGCCAGGACUCUGGGUGUGGUCGUUGCUGUGUUUCUCAUGUGCUACUGUCCAUUUUAUUGCGUUUCUCUCUCUGGCUCUGAUCUCAUAAUCAGUUCUUCAGCUAACACCUUCAUAGCCUUUCUGGUCUAUUUUAACUCCUGUCUGAACCCAGUGAUCUAUGUCCUUUGCUACCGCUGGUUCAGAAAGUCCAUUAAACUUAUUGUUACACUUCAGAUACUCCAGCCUCAGUCUUGUAAGGCCAACAUACUGUAGAGAAAAAAAAUGAAACUUUGCAUGUUGUAGUUGUGUCAUUAGAGUGGCUAUCCAAAUUAAUGAGCACUAUAUUUACUUAAUUUAAUGUACAUAUGCAAGAUGCUGAAGCCCCAAGUUUAAAAUUGUAAAAUAAUAAGGUAAAUGUCCCUGUUUUAAGUUUCCAAAUAUGAAAGUCAAAGUAAAA